AACAAAAGUUACUUUUGCAAGGUUUUAAAUCAUCUAGAAUGGUAACAGACUCUUUCUGGCUAUUUCCUUCAACAAAAAGAACGCCAUUUGUUUGGAAAGUAUCCAGUCGAUGCGUGUUGGCUGUUGUUGGACUAUCAAGCAAACUUUGGUUAGAAUGGGUCAGCAAAUUUAAGGUGUACAACAAGGGCCUAUUACUCAAGGCUUUACAUGAGCGACCCAGUGGGACGGGGCUGGUUACUGUGAGCAACCAUAACAGCUGUAUUGAUGAUCCUUUGAUGUGGGGAUGCCUAAGACCACAAAUUCUCUGUGGAAAUGAACGCAUUCGCUGGACCCUAGCGGCUGAGGAUAUCUGUUUUAGAAAGUUCUGGCAUGCCCUCUUCUUCAGUCUUGGCCAGACGGUUCCCGUCAUACGAGGAGAGGGUGUGUACCAGAAGAGCAUGGACUUCAUGCUGGAGAAACUCAACAAAGGACAGUGGGUUCACAUGUUUCCUGAAGGAAAAGUUAACCUCUCUCAAGAAUUCAUGAGACUCAAAUGGGGUGUGGGACGUCUAAUAAGUGAAUGCAAAAUUCCACCAAUGGUUAUUCCCAUGCAUCAUAUAGGGAUGGACGAUGUUCUUCCAAAUGAGCCUCCAUACAUACCACAGAUGAGAAAGAAAGUGACACUGUUGAUAGGGAAACCAAUGGAUUUUAGUAAGGAACUGGAGAAGCUGAAAGCUUUGAAGAAAACCCCCCGUGAAAUAAGAAAACGAAUAACGGACUUGAUCCAGGAAGAGUUUGCACAACUGAAAGAGAGAACAGAGGCAUUACACAAUGAUGAUGACAGAUAGCACAAUAAAAAAAAAAACGUUUAUGUUGUGUAUGAAUAUUGGAAAUAGGAGUGCCAUAUAUUUAUUUUAUUGUAAAUUCGUACUUAAUGUAGUUUUUAACUUUUUCGUUUUAUGAAAAUGUGUUUUAUUACCCUAGGAGAAAAAAAAGACUGCAGUUGUCUCACAACUUUUUCUCAACCGUUUCAUUUUAACUUGGUUUUUGUACUUCUAUGGUUCAGGCACACUGUCUUGUGGAUAAGUGUUGUGAAAUGGUUGGAAUAUCAUCAUCGAUCAACAGUCAUGUAAUUGGUUAGAUAUAUAUGAACUUGUGAGGGAUUUUAAUUUUUUUAGUCCAUACAUCUAUUGUCAUAUUAACUGGGAUAGAACUUACAAAAUAGCCAGUUUUACCUUCAACCUGUUUCAAUAUUAGUUUUCUUUAGGUACGCAUGAAACAAACCCAUAUUUUCUUCCAAUUCCAUCAUCAAAAUUUUCCAUGACAAUUAGUUAUGAAUUUUAAAAAUUGAUCAUGACAUCGGUAGAGCCUACUGAUCAGUUUUCCAGGGGUGAAAAUUCUCUUCUAAUCAGCUGUUUUCCUCUCAUGGAACAUUGCAUUUCCUUGCGUUUUAAUCAUCUUUUCCUCCAAAAUGUGUCAGAUGGCACAGAUUUUAACCUAGGAUUUCACAAAUUUCCAGGACCCUUCUAGAUUUCCUCUUCUUUUUUUUUUAACAGUUCACCAAUUCCCAUCCCUGAUUUUUGAUUAUAAUCGAUAAUUAGAGCAUCAGUACUAUACCCACACCUCAGGCAUCUGAGAAUUAAACAGUUGCGUAACCAUGUAUAUAUCAG